GGAGGGCAGAGCGCGGCGGCGGCGAGUCGAGCGGAGCCCGAGCGCCCCGCGGGAGGAAGAGGAGCGGCGGAGGGUCCCGGCAAGCGCGGGCGGAGCUCACCUCCCGCCGCAGCCGGAACCUGCUAAGAUCAGGUGUAUGUUACCUGUAGGUCCUGAACAUUCCUGAACGGCAGAUCCCAGGAUCCCAGGCCAUUGCUCCUGGCACUGUUGGGCUCCUGCAGCAAUCUUCUGUGCCAGCCGUUGAGCCAAAGAGCUGCCCAGGUGCCCUCAGAGCGCUGCCAGCUGCUAGGUGUGGAAGCCCACGUCUCUCGCCAUGGCCAGCCAAGACCUCGCCAGCGCCCAGGAACUCCUGGACCUCACCUUCCAAUCCUUGGCCUGCAAGCACAUGGACCUCAAGCAGCUGGAGCUGGACACGGCCGCGGCCAAAGUGGACGAGCUCUCCAAGCAGCUGGAGUCGCUCUGGACAGACCACCCCGGGCCGCCCGUCGUGCCAUCCCUGGUGGCCGACCGGUACAGCUCCAUCUCCGCCCCGGACCUGCUGAGGAUGGACGCCCGGGCUGCCUCUCCCCUGCACCAGCUGCCGCUGCGGAAGAGCCCCACCUGGGAUCUCGCAGAGCCCAGUGGCCCCCCCAGCUUGUCCCCCUACAGCUCCUCGCCCAGCCAGCUUCUGGCCCCCAAGCCCACCCUGGGGCGCCCCUCCUCCCCACGGCCCUCCUUCUUCCUGCAGUCGGAUAUGGACUGGAGCCCCCCAGGACCCUCCAGGCCCAAAGUCAUGGCCAUCCCUUACGAGGGCCUGUCUGGCCCCGUGGCCCACGGUGGGUCCCCUCGCUCCCUCCGGCCUGCCGGCCUUCCUGACCGCCAGUUUGACUACCGGCCUUUUGCUGCCACCAGCGGGUGGGGGGGCCGGGCCGGCUCUCCGCGGCUGCCUGGAGAAAGCGCCCUGCCGCAGGCCUUCUUCCCAGAGCGAGGACCCUCUCCGCGCCCCCCUCUCCCGCCUCCCUACGAGAACCACAGCCUGUAUCCUUCGGCGCCAGGCUCCUUCUGGGCACAGGACGACCUGGUGAUGCGCAGGAGGGCGCCCAAAAGCUGGAACGAAUCGGAUCUGGACGUGGCAUAUGAGAAGAAGGCGCCUCACCCUGUCGGCUACGAGCGUCUGGACACGCACGCAAACCUUUGGCAGAACACAGCUGGGCUGCCUCUGGCUCCCUGGAAGGAGUCCAGCCUGGAUGGGGGCUGGCCAGGCAAGGAGGAGCCUUAUGGCAUGAACAGCGCCACCCUGCCCAGGAAUUACAAGGUCUCGGCCCUGGCCGGAGAGAGGCGCCCGGACAGCUCCUUCCGCCGCUCCCUGGCUGCCAACCAGGCUGGCACCCUGCCCCGCAACUGGCAGCCCAUCUCCCGCAUUCCCAUCCCGCCCCCCGCCCCGCAGGGCGGCAGCCUCCCCCGGCGCCACAAGCCGCUGCCCCUCUCCAUGAUCUUCCGGCUUCAGAACGCCUUCUGGGAGUCGGGCGUGGCAGGCGGCAAACUCGGGCUGCCCCCGGGGCCGGUGGGGUCGCCGUUGGCCCUGCGCUCCUUGCAGAAGCUGCUCCUGCAGCAGCCCCCCCUCCGGACAGUGCAGCCCGGCAGCGAAGGCAAUGCCAGCCCCAGAGCCGCAGCAGUGCCAGCCGAGCGCAUCGUGCCCAUCGUCCAGACGCCGAGCGAAGUGGAGCCCGAGCUAGAGAGCCUCUUGCCAGGCAGCGAGCCGGCCGAGGUGGAAGACCUGGCCCGGCCCCUCAGCCCCACCCGGCUGCAGCCGGUCCUGCCACCGGAGGCCCAGAAGGUGCCCGAGUUCGAGGAAGUGGCCCGGGUGCUGGCAGAGAUGCCUCGGCCCCUGAAGCGCCGCGGCUCCAUGGAGCAGAACCCCCGUCCAGCCCUGCUGCCCCCGCACAAGAAGCAGUACCAGCAGAUCAUCAGCCGCCUGUUCCACCACCAGCAGCCCCGCAAGGAGGCAGCUGCGCCCGUGGGGGACCCCCCCUCCCAGCCGGACCUCUCGCCCAUCACCGAGGCCACGGAGCAAAAGGGGGCCCCGGCCAUCCCAACCGCCAGCCCUGCGAGGACCCCUCCGCCAGCCCCAGAGAGUCCGGCCACUCCCUCUCCCAUGCCCAGCCCGGAGAAGCGCUCGGUGCUGCGCAAGGUCUCUUCCCCCCGGAAACGGACGACCAAGAAAGCGCGGCUCAACCCCCUGGUGCUGCUGCUGGAUGCCGCCCUAACCGGCGAGCUGGAGGUGGUCAAGGAGGCGGUGAAGGAGCUGAACGAUCCCAGCCAGCCGAAUGACGAGGGCAUCACCGCCCUGCACAAUGCCAUCUGCGGCGCCAACUACAGCAUUGUGGACUUCCUGAUCAACAUUGGGGCCAACGUCAAUUCUCCUGACAGCCACGGUUGGACCCCCCUGCACUGCGCAGCUUCUUGCAAUGACACGGCCAUCUGCAUCGCGCUGGUGAAGCACGGGGCCGCCAUCUUCGCCACCACCUUCAGCGACGGGAGCCUGGCCAUCGAGAAGUGCGACCCAUAUCGAGAAGGCUACAACGAGUGCUUCAGCUACCUGGCAGACGUGGAGCAGAACAUGGGGCUGAUGAAUAACGGGGUGAUCUACGCCCUCUGGGACUACAGUGCCGAAUUCAGCGACGAGCUCUCCUUCCGCGAGGGCGAGCCGGUCACUGUGCUGCGCCGGGAUGGCCAGGAGGAGCUGGACUGGUGGUGGGCCUCUCUCUACGGCCAGGAGGGCUACGUGCCCAAGAAUUACUUUGGGCUCUUCCCCAGAGUGAGGCCGCAGCAGCCGCAGCCGCAGCAGCAGAAGACGUAAGCGUCCAUCGGAGAGACCGGGGGUGGGGGCUUUCCGCGCUUCGGCGGGCCACCCUCUGCUUUCAGAAGAGCGAAAACGAAGAGGGAAGGGCGGCACUCAGCCCUUCCACACGAUCCCCCUCCUCCCACCGCCUUUCUUGCUUCUCUGUGUGAAUCCCCCCCCCCGCCCCCCGCAACCCAAGAAGAGCUUUGGUGCCAAGGCAGCCAUGCGCCCCUUCCCAGACAAAGGCUGGCCAGGGAAAUUGGCGCAGUGCAUCUGGGGCUUGGCUGCACUGGGGGGCUCGGCCUCCAGUUCUCCUCUGCCCCAGUUUUGCUGACUUUCCUCUGGAGCUGCCAGCACGGUUUGCCUUCGGGGAAGCUCCUGCCUCCCAGACUUCAUCCUUGGGGCCACGGCAGUGCAGCCGCCGCCACACUCGCAGUCGGUGGGACUUCUUUUUUUACCUUCACCAACCUGCCCCUUUCCAGAUGGGGCACCCCUGGGCUCUUUUUGCAUCUGGAGAAAGCGUGAGCUGCCUCUGUGCAAGGACAGAGUGCAGAAGGGCGGGUGGGGGCUCUCCAGUGGUGGCAGCCACAGCCGCCCAGGAGCUGAACAGCAGAGUCAUGGGCCCUGUGGUCUGGACGGAGGAAAGCGUUUGCUUUCUAUGGGCGAGGCUCGACUCCAGAAGUUCCUUCCCAGAAAUUCCCAAGACUUGCAGGGGUGACAAGUACCCCGUCCUUUUGGAACGAAGUAAGUGAUCCCAAAUUGUCACCUCCCUGCACAGCUCAAGGGAUGCCAAGGCUGGGACUGCUCCCCAAUGCAUCUUGAUUCAGAGUUAAGACUGCAGUGCAGGGGCCCCCUGAAUACAGAACAGCCAGCUCUUCCCUCUCAGAGAAGCACACACCC